CUCCUCCUCUGGCCGAGUUGAGAUUUCAAAGUUGGAGCUGCCAGGGGAGCCCGGUGUGUUUGACGCCGAAGAGUUCGUGUGCGGGUUGUGUGUAUGUGUUUUUUAUUUGUUUGUUUUUUUUACAAACGGGAAGAAAGUGGCUGAAAACCAUUGUGGCCUGCUGUCUGACAGAUUCCCAAGUGCUACAGCUAGAUCUCCUGAGGACCCCUGAGAUUCCCUUGCUGUGAUGGAUGCAGAGGUGGAUCUCCAAGAGGAGGACAUGGAGGGCUCAUGGACGCUGCUGUCCUGGCUGGCAUCCUUUGUAAUGGUGUUUGGGGGAGCCCUGCCUUAUGUGCCACAGUACCAGGAGAUCCAGAAAAGUGGCAACACUGAGGGAUUCUCCACCAGAGUGUGUCUCGUGCUGCUCAUCGCUAACAUCUUGCGUAUAUUCUUCUGGAUAGGGAAGCAGUUUGAGCUGACCCUGCUGCUGCAGAGUGUGGUCAUGAUCCUAACCAUGUUUGCUAUGCUCCAGCUUUGUUGCACUGUGCGAAACACCAACAGAGUAAGCACCAAGCAGCAUCGCCUUUCAGACCUGAACUUUCACUACUUCUGGAAAUGGACCGCAUUCGAGGACUACCUCCUCUUCUGCUUCAGCUUCACUGUCUUGUGUGCAGUCAUCACCCUCCUGCUGCUGGACUCCGCAGUGUUUGUGGAGACGCUGGGCUCGCUGGCUGUGAUGUUCGAGGCUAUGCUGGGCAUUCCGCAGCUACUGCAAAACUUCCACAAUCGCUCCACAAAAGGCAUGAGUGUGAAAAUGGUGCUACUGUGGACGGCUGGUGAUGUCUUCAAGACCACCUACUUUGUGAUGAAUGAAAGUCCAACUCAGUUCUGGGUGUGUGGUUCAGUCCAGAUCCUGAUUGAUGUUGCCAUCCUCCUCCAGGUCCUGUUUUACAGCCAAGACACACGGGACAAGCUGGGCUGAGCACGGCUGUUACAAUAAGUAACAUCAGAGCCGGGUUGUUUGAGUAAGUUUCGAGGACUCUGAUGACGACAUGCUCUUUAAUAAAAAAUGCUGCAAUGCUGAUGAAGUUGAAUGUUUAGUACCAGACUAAGGACAAAGCCAAGGUCAAAUAGAUUUUAUGCUUUUUUUUGUUUGUUUUUUGGUGGUUGGGGGUUGUUCACAGCUGACUCAUAUUAUUCUUCAAAGUAUCAAACAGAUCCAACCAAGUUACCUCCAAGUGCCAUUUACCCACAAUUUAUCCUUGAACAAACCCAUUAGCAUCUUUAAUAAUGCCCUAACCCCAGAAUGCAUUUGCCUGUAUAUUUGUACUUAUUUUUCUACUAUUUUCUUUCCUAUGGACCCCUGAGGUGUAGUGGGCAUAGGAACUCUAAGGAGAAUGCAUUACUCAUAUUGGCAGCUCACUAACGGCAAGUACGUGUUGCUGUAAUGGCAACUAUAACAACCACUCCUGCACUGGUAGCCCUGCACUGGAAUCUGCUGUCUGACUGAUGGCUCUCCCACUUCACACUGCUCACUUCACUGGACUGUUCUCAUGAUACAUAGCAUGUGUGCUUGUAUGUGUGUUUCAUGUGUGCGAGGUUGUCAUUCUGGUUGAUGUGUUACUGUAGCUGAAAUAGAUUUUUGUCAUUGGCCUUCAGCAUACACUGAGUAAUCUACACAGGCCAUCUAUCUAUAUGUUAUGUUUCAUGUUUUGUGGUUUGAUUGACAUGCAGUACAGGUCUCCACAAAGUAUAAAUGGAAAUGUGAAAAAUGUUGGCCUGCUGUAAUGGUUUGCAUUAUUCUUCAGGCACAAAAUAUUUUGUGGGCACCAAAAGCACACCAGGUUUCAGGGCAACUAACCUUCUUGACUGCAGUAUUACUGGAUCUUUGUGGCAUUGCUUUUUCUGUUGUGCUAUCUGGUGAUUAUUUGUUGCUUUACUGUUCCAUUACCUGCUGUUUUGUUUUUGUUUGUUUGCUUUUUUCCUCAUUCAAAAGGAGGAAAGAUGGUCCUCAUUUUUUACCUUUAUCUGUUAUUGAAGAAAUGGCCUUCACACCCAGUAAAUAUUAAGUAUUUUAUGUUACAAAAUGGCCCAUUUUUCAUGUCCUAACCAAGUGAGAUUUGAUUUGAUUUCUUUUUAUGGACAAUAUAGAAAUUUCUUUUUAAAAAAUUGCACUUUAAUUUGUUUUUCUUUGGGCCUUCAUAUUGGCUUUAGAAGAACAGAGCUUAAUGUUCUACCCGCAUCAUCUCCGAAUAAUAACUAUACAGUAUUGAACUGGUACAAUCUUUAAAGAAUGCAGCAUAAUUCAAACUUCAGUGUUUUUUAUAAUCAAUUUAAAGAAAUAAAAAUAUUAAACUGUAAUUAUGGCACAUGCAAAAGUUUGGACACCCUGCCAUAGUGCAGAUGAGUGAUGGAGCAGGUGGAGCCAGGUCACUGCUAUUAUACAAAGUUAUGGUUUCACUAUCUUUAUUUUCUUCUCUUUUUUUAACUUCAUCAUUAAGUCAAAGCCAUUAGGCGAUUUUAUUUAAGCAGGAACAGGAAAUAACAGUUCUUUUAAUAACCAUUUUCUUUUCUGAUUGACUCAUUAAUACACUCUUCUGCUGUGAUUUUAAUAGCACACUCAGUCAAACUAAACUAGGCUGGUGCAGGCGGCUGGGUUAGGUGAUGCAAAAAUUAUUGUUUUUCUGGUCACAUUGCUCCAGACCCACAGACCAAUUAUGUGUAUUUCCAAAUGUGUUCCCUCAUUUUAAAACAUAAUCAGGCGUAUGUGCACUAAUUUCCUUGUAAAACACUUAGAAAAUAGCUUAAAGCUCUCAAGCUGAAAAAAUCUCUUACUCUGACCUGGCUUGUGGUAACACAAGUAUCUGUGGUAACACUCAGCAACCACGGGCAUCUGUAAGAUACUAACUGAGGGUCUAAAAUUGAAGUUAACUGAUGCCUGCAAAACAGGAGGAUGCUAUAAAAAGAUUUCAAAAUGCUUCCAGCUCAUCAUUUCCACAGUCUGAAAUGUCAUCAAGAAAUGUCAUUCAAGGGAAACCAUAGAAAUCAUAACCAUGACUAACUAACUGACUAACAAUGACUUUCAGACAAAUCUUAAUAUUUCAUUUUAUGAAUGAAAUGGCCACUUUUUAAAAUAUUCUAAAAAUACAUUUUAACAAUAUUUAAGAUACAUAUUUUCCAGAGUUAGGAAACCAAAUUUAAGUCAAGCCUGAUGUUGUUUAACACACAAAAGAAUGAUUCCCAGUCUUUGCAUCCUAUAAAGCUUCAUUUAACACUGGUUUUCAGGCAGGGCCCAUAUGCCCAGAGCUAUAUGUAAUGGAAUUGGGCCAGUGGUUCAGAAAUUCACUGUCUGAAUAAAGGUAAGAAUGGAUUCUACUAAAGAUCAGAAUGAGGAUAUCUUCUAGUGAAAUUCCACAUUAAUCUCACAGAGCAUAAGUUGAAACUUUUGGAUCAGCCCCUCAGUCUCUUAACCUGAACAAAAUGAACUGAUCUGCAAGGAAGAAAAAAAUGACCAUUCACUUUUGAAGAAUGACUUUUAGCUGACGACAUCUCUCAGGGGUGUCCGAACUUUUGUAUAAAACUGUGCGUCAAAUAAUAGCUACAAAAAAAAGAAAGAAAAUCAAUAAAAAUGACUCCACAUGCUCUCUCAGAAAGUCCGACCAAUUUGUCUGACUCCAUUCACAUAGGAAGGCUCUGUUAGAUGGAGGAAAUUUAUGUAAUGCACGCAACCUUUUGUUUAUCUCAGUUCCUUCAUGCUUGCAUGUAAAAGCACUGAUGAGCUGUGACUUAGAGGCAGUAGUGGCUGGAAAAAGGAAUUUUAUAAACUGUGACGACUGUGACCAUCUUUUACUUUACCUCUCAUUUCAUUCUGUUAUCGCCCAUGUUUUCCACAAGCUUCGUGUUUUCAGUUGAAUCCUGUCUCUGUCUAAUAGGUUUUGGGGAAACCUCACAGUCAUAACAGAAACAGUUCAACUUUGCAUGCUCUGCAGCUUAUCAAUAUGCAAAGUAGUUCACAUGUAUUUUAGUCAGAGACUCUGUCUAUAAUUGAAACAGCAAUUAAACCAUAUAGCCUUAAGGUGAGUUGUGGUUCUAUCACCUGUUCCCUGAUAGUUUCCUCCUACAAAACCACUGAAGGGUAAAAUAAAUCAGUCCCAGCAGCUGAUCAGUAGUCAUAACAGGUUUCUUUUUACUUUUCCACUUGCAUGAUUUAAUUGUGUAAUAAAGUUUCAAGCUGAUUGAACCUUUCAGCCUUUUACCUCACCAGUUUCGAUCAGUUGAUCUAUACCUGUUUAUCUCAGUGAGCAUCAUAUUUAAAUUACCCGCUGUUGGAGUUAGGUUAAUUUUCAUUGCAGAGGCUGCCUGCAGCUGUCAGUAUGUCAUUACCAUUAGCUUAAUAAUAAUUUUGAGAAAAUGAUUACUAACAAAAAUCUGCAUUUAGACUCCUGCAGACUUAGCAUUAUUAACAGACUUUCUGAGUCCACAUGGAUUCUUCAAAUCCACAUAUCUUGGAUCUAUUUGCUGCAUGUGGCUUAUCCCCUCUAUCCUGCAUACCACAGUUGUAUUUCUGUUGCAGUUGUUCUGUAUUAUGUAUGCUGUUAUCACCAGAUGUGUAUCUUUAUAUUGUGUUUCCUCCACAGAGGCUCAGAAUAGCACCCGCAUUGACUUUAGUUUAGCAUUUGGGUGCCCUGUAGCCUUUUCCUCUCAAGGACGGUGGGGCAGAUGAACACACAUAUGGCUUGGUUCACAUUGUGGUAAAUCUGCUUGUUGUCUUUCCACUGCAAUGCUCAUAAGGAAAAAAAAGCCAUUUGGAAUGUCAUUCUACAUGCAUGGGCAAGAUAUGCUGUGUAAUUCUUUUGUAUUUUAUAUAUCAUUUUAGUUGCAGCAAUAGCAAGCUUUAAGAUCCUUUUGGUUAAACCAAAAGCACAAACAAAAGUAAGAGUGGCUUUUAAAGUGUACCAAAACAAUUACAAACUGUUCUUUAAAAUAUUAUGUAACUCUGAUGGUUAUGUAAAAUGUAAAGGUCUGUGAUAUUCUAUACAAGUGACAUCAGAGAUGCAAAAAUACUGCAAAAAUGUUACUAAGUCAUUUUACUGUCUGAUGGCAGCUGUAUGUAUGUGAAAUAUUUGUCAUUUUGUCAAAUAUAAACUAUUUA